AUGAGUGCUCCUCUAGGGGUGAACUAUGCAGCUGCACCUGAAAGCCUUCAAGGCUUCAACCUCAUGCCACAAAUGAUGGCCCAAAUGAUGGCAAGCUUCCCUUGGCAGCACUUCAUUAACCAGGUGCUGGCCACCCAAGGGAAUGCUAACAACAACCCGGGCACAAGAACAGAAGAGGAUUUGGCCAAACCAUACAAACCAAGCAAUCUGUCAUGCUUUUCUCAGCAAAUUGCUGAUUAUGAUUUCCAAACCAGGAUAAAGAUGCCUUCUCACAUACGAACCUACGACAGAACGGAAGAUCCAGAAGAUCACCUUCAGAUCUUCACAGGGGCAGCAAGGAUACAGAAAUGGUCCAACGCUGAAUGUUGCUUGAUGUUCAUGCAAACCCCCGUAGGACCUGCUCGGAUCUGGUUCAACGACUUACCAGCCCGAAGCAUUCGAACCUUCGAUGAUUUAAGCAACGGUUUCUUGGGUAAUUUCUCACAGCAAAGGAGAUAUGUGAAGGAUGCCACUGUGAUCUUCCAGAUCAAACAAAAGGACGAUGAAAGCCUCAGGGAUUUCAUCGAGAGAUACAAAAAAGAAGGUUUAACGUAUGUGGGAGCUGACGAAAAAAUGAGGGUUGCAGGCUUCAUGAAUGCAGUCACCUCUAAGUAUCUCACCAGGGACUUUAACAAGUGCCUGCCCAAAACCUUAGAAGAAGCCCUUGAAAGGGAUGAAGCUCACAUCAGGGAAGAAGAGGCGGUUAACAUCAAUGAGCAGAGAAAGAGGGGCCCCAGCUGGAGGCAUAACAGCCCCAACCGAAAAAGAGGCAACUAUGGUUCUUAUGAUAGAUGCUCGCGGAGCUUAGACCCUCGAAGGUCUGAAGGUUGGAACCCUUCAAGCAAGGACAAGGCUGUGAACUUCACAGCCCUGACCGAAACUCCUCAAGAGAUACUCGCCACCGAAGAAGUUAAGCAUAGCUUCCGACCGCCAAGACCCCUGCCCAAGAGCAAAAGAAAUGAAAAUUCUACUCAAUUUUGUGAGUUCCAUGAAUAG